AUGGAGAAAAUUUGUCAAGCCUGGGAGAGGUUUAAGGGUUUUCUCAAAGAUUGUCCUCACCAUCAUCAGACGAAUGAAGUUCUGGCACACACAUUUAUUGAGAGUCUGGAUGCCCAAGAUAAGUCAUCACUAGACACUUUUGCCGGCAGGAGGCGGUUUACUCAGAGCACUCCAGACUGGCUGGAUGAUGCAGCUAGCAGUUCAAUUAGGAAAGCACCAGGUAUCUUUGAAGUAGAUAAUUUUACAACACUAUCAGCACAGAUUGAUGCCAUGCGCACUGAAAUCAAGAAGUUAACUGCUGCGCAAGCUCCAUCACGUGCCAAGGGGCAAGGAAACAACAAUCAAUACGAGAAUUCCUACAACCCAAAUUGGAGGAAUCACCCGAAUUUCAAGUGGAGUGACAACCCAGGUAAUCAGAAACAGAACUAUCAGCCAACAUCUGUGCCUCAAGCACCCACGAACAGUAUGGAAGAGAUGAUGAAAAAGAUGAUGGGUGAUAUGCAAAAGAUGAUGAUAGACCAGCAGAAGUUGAUAGCAGAUAAUCAGAAUCGCAAUUUGGCUGUGCGGAAUUUAGAGAGGCAGAUGGGACAGAUAGCUGGUGUACAAAAUACUAGACCACCUGGAGGACUUCCAAGUAAUAUGGAUGUGAAUCCCAAGCCUUGUAAUGCUGUGACUCUUCGACAUGGGAGAGAACCAGAGGAAGUAGCUCAGAAGAAAACCAGUGGAGUAGAAGCUGAGGAAGAGAAGAUUACCGAGGAGAUGAUUGAAGAAGAAAGGGUAAUCAAGACACCAGUGACAAAGCAACCACAGCCCGUGGUUGCAAAGCCACCACCUCCCUUCCCUCAACAUCUGGCAAAACAGAAAGAAGAGGCAACUUACAAAAAGUUUCUUGAUUUACUUAAGCAGGUACACGUAAAUGUCCCAUUGGUUGAUAUGCUGCAGGGUAUUCCAAAGUAUGCGAAGUACAUCAAAGAUAUUGUUGUAAAUAAAAGCCAAUUCACAGUAUAUGCUACCGUUGCACUUACUAAGGAGUGCAUUUCGCGGAUUCAAAAUAGGUUGCCCACUAAGUUGAAAGAUCCCGGCAGUUUCACGAUUGAGAUUUCUAUUGGGAAGCAGGUUAUUGCUCGAGCACUAUGUGAUCUUGGUGCAAGUAUAAAUCUGAUGCCUUCAUCUAUCUUCAGAAAGUUAGGUUUGGGAGUGCCCAAACCAACCACUAUUGUUCUUCAGCUGGGGGACAGAUCGUUAGCAAGACCAGAAGGCAUUAUUGAAGAUGUACUGGUGCAAGUGGGGUCGUUGAUAAUUCCUGCAGACUUCGUGAUUUUGUACUUCGAGCCAGACCCGGAAGUCCUAUUUAUUUUGAGACGUCCAUUCUUGGCCACAGGGAGAGUACUUAUUGAUGUAGCUGCCGGGCAGCUCACCAUGAGAGUACAUGAUAAAUUUGAGGUCUUCAAUGUAUACCAAGUUCUGAAGAUGCCUGCAAUCUAUGAGGAGCUGUCCGCCAUUACUGUUCUGAAUGAUGAUACACGAAGGCCACUCAUCACUUCUCAUGGUCCAUCGAGAGAGCCUUGGUAG